UACAAUUGAUAAAUCACUUCUCAAAUUAUAGAGAGUGGGGACUCUCACACUCGUAAAAUUAAUUAAAAUGGUCAAAUUUCGUGGAUUUCAAAUUUAUAUAUUUGGCAGCGUCACUGGCAAAUACUGGAAGCUUGGAAGAAGCAUCUAGCUUUCUUCCUCACUGCUCCGCCUCCGUCAAAGUCGUUAUAUGUAGCUCUCCUAAUUGCCAGUCCGACAACGACUGAGAAAGAAGACUAGUUGGGCAGUACGGCGCGUAGCAACUGCAAAGCAGUUCCCGGGCAAACUUCGCCAGCCACAUGUUCGACGAUUUGCUUCUGUGAAAAUAAACUCAGAGGAGGCGAUGGCUUCGGUGGUGUAUGAGACCGGGCUGUGCGACGCAAGCGGCGUGGAAGCAGGGCUCACCAAGGAGAUUCGCCAAAGUCAUGGCCGCGGACGCACCGCGCACAAUUUGUCAUCUUCUUCGCUGCGCAAGAAAUCGGACAACUCGCUCGUCUCCAAGGUCCGUUGCCGAGUUCUCCGCAAUCUCCUGACUAAUCUCCAGGAGGUUUUACUAGGGACAAAGCUUUUCGUGCUCUUUUUGGCGGUGCCGCUUGCCUUUGUUGCACAGAACUGGAGGUUUGGACGGACAUGGGUAUUUGCUUUAAGUUUGCUGGGCUUAAUCCCUCUUGCAGAGCGUCUGAGCUUUCUCACCGAGCAAAUUUCAUUUUACACCGGUCCUACUGUUGGUGGUCUCUUGAAUGCUACAUGUGGGAAUGCGACAGAGCUUAUCAUAGCUUUGUUUGCCUUGCACAUGGGAAAGAUUGAAGUUGUCAAGCUUUCUCUAGUAGGUUCAAUCCUCUCAAAUUUGCUUCUUGUCCUUGGAACAUCCUUUUUUUGCGGUGGACUUGUUAACUUGAGCAAGGAGCAGCGUUUUGAUCGUAAGCAAGCCGAUGCGAACACAGCUCUCCUGUUACUAGGUGCACUAUGUCAUAUGCUUCCUCUGAUGCUCAGGUAUACUGUGAACUCUGACGAGGGUUCCUUUACAGCCCCAACUCUGGCAUUUUCAAGGGCAACCAGCAUUGUUAUGCUAGCUGCCUACGUUGCAUACCUCUUCUUCCAGUUGAAAACCCAUGGCCAUCUAUUUAAGCCGCAAGAGGAAAAUGAUACAGAUGACACGGUUUCUGAUGCUGAAAGCGUAAUUGGAUUCACUACUGCAAUAGCCUGGUUGGUUGGCAUGACGAUAUUGAUUGCAGUACUUUCUCAGUAUGCUGUUUGCACCAUUGAGGCUGCAUCGGAAUCUUGGGGCUUGUCAACCAGUUUCAUUAGUGUCAUAUUACUGCCAAUUAUUGGAAAUGCAGCUGAACAUGCUGGUGCAAUCAUUUUUGCUUUAAAGAACAAACUGGACAUUACCCUUGGAGUAACAUUGGGUUCAGCAACUCAGAUUUCCAUGUUUGUGGUCCCAUUAAGUGUAAUUAUGGCAUGGAUAAUGGGCAUGCAAAUGGAUCUUGAUUUUAAGCUCCUGGAGACUGGUUCUUUGGUUGGCUCAAUUUUAAUUACAUUAUUUUCAUUACGGGAUGGAACCUCACACUAUCUGAAGGGAUUUGUGCUUGUUCUUGCUUACCUGGUUAUUGGCGCUUGUUUUUUUGUUCUUAGAACCCCAUCAGACCACGCUAAUGGUGUAAAUCUUAAUGCAAUUCCGACAAUCUCAAGCAUUAUGGUGGCUUAAUUGGCUGAAGCCUGGAGUGAAGUUUAAACCACUCAGUCAAAUUUUGCCGUCCAACCUUUACAGAAGAUUUCUCAUGUCAAAAUUAUUUCAGUGGUUUGAUUUUGGUGGAGAGCAUUUGGCAGUAAAUCAGUGUAGAGAUGACAUUUUGAAUGGUAUGCACCUCCCCAAUGUAUAAUUUCCUAUGUUCUUGUAAAUUAUUAUCCAUCUUCUUUGUAGUUUUGAAGGUAAUAUUGAUUUUUUUUUAUUAUUUAUUAUCCAUCAUUUCUUUCAAAUUGCACUACAAGGUAGGCAACAAUUCCUUUGAUGCUUCGCACUGACACCGCAAGUUUUGCUUCUGAUUUAUUGCACUGUUUCGAAGUUCUAAAGACUUGUUUUUGCUCUUCAAACUUAUUUUUUAUUGUAAGUUGUCUGGAUUGAUUAUGAGAAAUUUUACUUUACAUCCC